UUUUUGUCACUCGCUCAAUUUUUGUGAGCUUUUCUACAUGGAGUUUGAUCCAAGUUUCCAAGGGCCACAAUACCUUUCAAGUCUUUUCCCUAGAAACUCUUACUUGAAGCCACUAACUCAAACCAUAUUUCCAUCACAAAGCUCCAUUUUCACUCCACCUCCACCAUCAUCCGUCAUGUUUCACCCUAACAACAAUUCCCACCAUUUUCAAGACCACAUCAUGAAUGUGCCUACCAACAACACUCCCUUUGUGAUGGAAGGUCCUUCUAACCCCAUCACCACCCCUAUGUAUGGGAUAACGACCCCUUCUUUAGGCGAUGGGUCUUCCCUGGGAGGCUUUGUCAAUGUUCAAUGUCACCCCCCUAUGAUGUUGGCACCAAAAAACAAUAACAAAAUGGAGGCCUUGUAUGGCCAGGACAAAGGCAAAGCCAUAUCAGAUUUUUCACAAAAAACCAUGCUUUGUUUAUCUGAAGAUUCUUCUUCCAAGUCGCCAUCACCCGUUUCUCUCCCUAAUGAUUGGUGGAUGAGUCAAUAUCAUUGGGACACUGAUCAAAAGGUAAAGGUGGAAAAGGAUUCCAACAUUGGUAAUGAUAAUGUAAUCAAAGGGAAGUGGAGUAUGAAAGAAGACAGGGAUCUCAUAGAAUUAGUGAAUCAAUAUGGGUUGAAGAAAUGGUCAAAAAUUGCAAAGUUAUUACAUUGUAGGACCGGGAAGCAGUGUCAGGAAAGAUGGAACAACCAUCUCCAACCAAAUAUUAGGAAGGACUCAUGGACCCUAAAGGAAGAUAAAAUUUUCAUCGAAACCCACAUCAAAGUAGGAAACAAGUGGUCAGAGAUUGCUAAGAGGUUGCCUGGUAGGGCUCCAAACACCAUCAAGAACCGUUGGAAUGGCAGCAAGCGGCGCAAGAAUGACAAGAGGCAGAACAAGAACAAGCAUGGCCCUUAUGAUGGGUCAGUGCUUGAUGCUUAUGUUAAAAUGGUCACUGCUACUGAGGAAACUACAUAAGUGUUGAAGAAAUCCAUAAGAACAAAAAAAAGUGUUGAGAUGUUAUUGUGAUGAAAUAUUGCACCUUUUUAAUUAAAUUUCCUAAUUGUAAUAAA